CUGAGCUUUCCAUUUUCCUUUGUUAGUAACUGCUUCACCACCUUCCCAUCUUUCUUUCUUUGUUGCAAUUGCAAACUACAAAGUUAAGUGUUCACCAAAACCAAUGGAUGAUGUUGUAGGAUUCGGUUUCCGUCCCACAGAAGAAGAACUUGUGGACUAUUACCUCAGACAUAGGUUGCUCGGUGAUGAUCCUCAAGUCCACGACGUCAUCCCCGACAUUGACCUUUGUCAAGUGGAACCUUGGGACGUGCCAAUGUUAUUGGGGGAAUCAGAUGCACAAUUCGAUUUCCCAGAAUGGUUUUUCUUUAGUCCUGUUGAUUUCAAGUAUUCAAACAGUAAAAGAAUUAACAGGACAACCAAGUGUGGCUUCUGGAAACCCACCGGAAAAGAUCGUGAGAUUAGAAGCUCCGACUCCAACACUCUCAUUGCCACAAAGAAGACUCUUGUUUACUACAAAGGUCGCGUUUCACGUGGUCAGAAAUCCAACUGGGUUAUUCACGAAUACCAUGCUGUCACCUUUCACCAAAGCCAGAGGACUUUUGUUUUGUGUCGUCUGAUGAAGAAACCUGGGGGAACAACUGAAGGUGGGGUGAUGAAGGGGAGAGCAGUAGAAUCAUGGUUCUGGCUAUCACAAUCACUCAAUAGGAACCACCUUUCAGCAAGACCAAACGUCUUUUCCAAACCCCUCAUUUGA